AUGGUUAAAGAAAAUGCUUUCCCAACUGUAAAUGCUGAUGUCUGUAUUACUUCUAGUGGCAGUUCAUCUGAAACUAAUAACAGUCAUGAAAACGUUAAUCAACCAACCGUGGACUCUGACCUUGACCCUCCAGUGUCCGAAAUGAAUAAUUACUCAAAGGAAUCAAUUGAAGCAGCACAGCUUUCAAUUUCUGUUACCAAAGAACGAGAAGCUACCCCAAUCACUCAAGCGACAAAUGAUAACAGCAAUAUAGAACCAAAUGUUGGAAAAUCUUUCGUCUUAGCACCUCCACAACGGAACAAUAUCGAAUGGUUAGGUCGCUUACCGUUGAUUGAAACACUAAACCAAGCUAAUCAAACUUCGUUCUGCAACACUAAAAGUAGAAGUAGUAGUGUUUUUAAAAACCGCGACACCGAGUAUUAUAAAGGUUGUCUGACAAAUUCAAAGCCUUUAACUUCACCAAGGCAUAAUAACAUACGUAAUUCCCCUGGUCGACGCCCUUUUUUAAAACGUCAGAACAUCAAACCGCCAUCAUAUCGAACAUCUCAUCGUUAUCACUCACUAGAGUGGUUGAUCCAUCUGGAUGUGGUGUACCGCAUGAUGAGACAAUGAGAAUACCAGCCAGAAUCACCUCGCGCUACCCUACACAGAAUAUGACUCAAAAUGGACCAAAUUUUUCGAACCUAGUAAAUAUUCAAAUUGUAAACUCUAGGGAAAAGACCCUAACUGCGAUAACAAAAGAACAUGUUCCAAAACCGCUUUCGGAUAUGCAAAGAUCGAAACUUAGAAUUGCCCACCUAAAUGUUCGCUCAAUUAAGAAUAGGAAUCAUCUUAUACAGGUUCGAGAACUUAUGAAGGAUAGGAACUAUGAUAUUUUAGCCUUGUCAGAGUCGUGGUUAAACUCCACGGUGACAAACGCGGAAGUAGAAAUCGAGGGCUUUAAACUAACAAGAUUGGACCGUUUGGGAAAGACUGGAGGGGGUGUUUGUGUCUAUUCUAAAUCGUCGAUUAAAGUCAAAUGUCUCAAAAACAUAACAGGGAUAUCUGAAUUCGGAUUUCAUCAGCUAUGGAUGCUAAUACAACUCAGGAAACUAAGAUCAAUUCUCCUCUGUGUGACAUAUAGGCCUGAUUAUUGUCCUACUUCAACCUUUCAUGAUAUUUUCAUGGAAAAUUAUAUACAUGCUCUCACAUUAGGAAAAGAGAUAAUUGUUGUAGGUGAUUUAAAUUGUGAUUUGCUGAAACCGGAUUCUCCAGAGGCUAUGUCGCUACUAGAUUUUUGUACAAGUGUGAAUCAAACUCAAUUGAUAAAAGAACCUACACGAGUAACAGAAACGUCAUCUUCCCUUAUUGAUAUUAUCAUGACGUCGAAUGUCAGUUUAGUAGAAAAUCAUGGGGUGGCUUUAUCUCACAUUAGUGAUCACUAUCUAACAUAUGCUUCUUUGAAACUUAAGAUGUUGAAGCCGCCACCUAGUUAUAAAUGUGUGAGAUCCUACAAAAACUACAAACCUGAUAGUUUCCUCGCGGAUUUACAACGAAUACCUUGGUAUGAUAUUUCCAUCAUGGAUGAUGCAAAUGUAAUGCUAGACCAUUUCAAUGAGAGGUUUCUCCAUGUAAUGGAAACACAUGCACCUGUGAAAACAGUGAGGAUUAAACACCGCAGCUGCCCCUUUAUUAGCACAGAAAUUCGCGAACUUAUGCAAUACAGAAAUAACCUAUUGAAAACGGCUCGAAGUACUAAAUUAACAACAGACUGGGAAAUGUAUCGUAAACUAAGAAAAGAAGUAAAAUCCAAGCUGAGAGAUGCCGAAAGGGAAUAUGUACGGAAAGAACUAGAGCACAGUCACAACACUAAUUCAAAGUGGAAGAUAAUUAAGAAUUGUAUUCCUCGUAAAGAAAGCACUCAACAAGUCUACACAAAGGAUAUGAAAGAAGUUGCUAAUGAGUUUAAUCAGUUUUUCACCUCAGUUGGUAGGAGAGUAUCAGAAGAUUGCACAUCUUUAAUAGAAUUAUAUAACCUGCCUGCACCUCCAACAAGUGUUUCGCUGGCUGUCGCUGAGUCACAAAAUUUUAGUUUUGUUCCUGUCUCGUGUGGAGAAGUACGAAGGACAGUUAUGGCAUUCCAAUCGAACAAAGCUCCUGGCCAUGACAAAGUACGAAUGUCUACGAUAAAGGAUGCACUUCCAUGUAUUCUCCCAGUUAUUACUGACAUGAUAAAUCGCUCGUUACAGACUUCAGUCUUUCCAUCAGCCUGGAAAAUAUCAGAAGUAAUACCACUUCUUAAAGAGGGAGAUCACGAAGUGGCAAAUAACAAUCGACCACUAUCGUUACUACCAGUGACUUCUAAAAUUUGUGAACGAGUAGCUUUAAAUCAACUGACCUCUUAUACGAACAAAAAGAAAUGCCUAAGUAAACAUCAAAGUGGUAAUAAACAACUACAUUCAUGUGAGACUCUUGGCGUGUUUAUGACAGACAAGUGUUUAAAGCAAUGGACUCAAAAGAACUCACAGUCAUAGUAUUGCUGGAUUUGUCAAAAGCGUUUGACAGUAUAGAUCACCGCAAACUCUUAACAAAGCUAAAAGCAUUAGGCCUAAGCCUUGGCGCCUUAGAAUGGUUCAAAAGUUACUUGACCGGAAGGACGCAGCAGGUGAAGAUUGGCUCAGUUGUGUCAGAACCAGGUCAUAUCACUCAUGGUGUACCGCAAGGUUCGAUAUUAGGACCUGCUUUGUUCAAUAUAUAUUUGAAUGAUUUGCCCACCAUCCCGAAUUUCGGUGACUUAGAAUCGUACGUAGAUGAUUCAAAAUUGUAUCUUUCGUUUCCCAUCAAGUAUGUUAAUGAAGUUAUGCGGAAUAUCAAUGAAGACCUGUCAAAAAUCACAGCAUGGUGCUGUCACAAUAGUCUACUAAUUAAUCCAGACAAGACCAAAGUGUUAGUACUAGGAACACACAAAAUGUUGCAACGAUUACCGGAUGACUUUUAUGUGACAUUACUUGAGAAAAGGAUUACUCCCACUAUUUCAGCACGCGAUCUUGGGAUUCAACUUGAUUCAACACUAAGUUUUAACGAACAUAUAGCAAACACUGUUUCUACUUGUAUUGCGAGCUUAUGUCAGAUAAACAGGGUUAAACAUCUUUUUGACCCUAAGAUUUUGGAAAAUGUCAUCUCGUCCCUA